AUGUCGACCACUGUUGGCGCCUUCAUUGCUGGCGGCAUUGCCGCCUGCGGUGCCGUUACUGCAACACAUCCUUUUGAGACGGUCAAAAUCCGUAUGCAGUUGCAAGGCGAGCUUCAGAACAAGGGCCAUCAACCUCACCAUUACAGAGGACCGAUCCAUGGUGUGAGCGUCAUUGUGCGCAACGAAGGUGUCCGUAAUAUCUACCGCGGAAUUGGCGCGGCCUAUAUCUACCAAGUUCUUCUCAAUGGGUGCCGUCUCGGCUUCUACGACCCUAUGCGCAAUGCGCUCGCGAGCUUCUUCCUCAAGGACGGAAAGGCCCAAAAUUUGGGCAUCAACAUGUUCUGCGGUGCAGCCUCGGGCGUCAUCGGCGCCGCCGCCGGAAGCCCCUUUUUCCUUGUCAAGACCCGAUUACAGAGUUUCUCGGCGUUCCGACCCGUUGGUACACAGCACCACUACCGGGGCGCGUGGCACGGCUUCAAGUCCAUCUAUGGAACUGAGGGUAUCAGUGGUCUCUACCGUGGUGUGCAGGCUGCCAUGAUCAGGACUGCUUUUGGCAGCUCUGUUCAGCUUCCCACAUAUUUCUUCGCGAAGCGUCGCCUGGUUCGUCAUUUUGAUAUGGAAGAGGGCCCUGGUCUGCACUUGGCCUCCAGUGCUAUCAGUGGAUUCGUUGUCUGCUGCGUGAUGCAUCCUCCUGACACCAUCAUGUCCCGUAUGUACAACCAGAACGGCAAUCUUUACAGCAGCGUUGCCGAUUGUCUCUCCAAAACCAUUCGUUCAGAGGGUCUCUUUGCUCUGUACAAGGGAUUCUUCCCUCAUCUUGCCCGAAUUCUACCUCACACCAUCCUCACUCUGAGCUUAGCGGAGCAGACCAAUAAGCUGGUCCGCAAGAUCGAGGAUCGCAUUCUCCCCGGAAGAUUGGAGAUGGCGACUUAA